AUGUUAGAAACUAGAGUGAAGAGUAACAAGGCUGGUAAUGUUAGAGAUAAACUGAAGCUCAGAGGUAAAUAUCUUGAUAACUAUGUGAAACAUAAUAAUGGUAGGAUAUGGGUGUAUUGGGAUGAAAAUUUAGUGGAUAUCCAGGAGGUCAAGUGCACGACUCAGUUAAUCCAUUGUAAGAGAGCCAAAAUCCGCUGGCUUAGGCUUAGAAAUGGCAAUAAUGCCUAUUUCCACGCCUCUCUCAAAUCCAAGUACAACCAAACAUCCAUUAAGAAGUUGUAUAAGAAUGAUGGGAAUUUUGUUACCACUCAAAAAGAGAUUGAGGAAGAAAUUAUGCGGUUCUAUGGUGAUCUCAUGGGGAUAAAGGAGCCUAAUUUGGACAGUGUGGAUAUUAAUAUCAUGAGAAAAGGCAGCCAGGUGAACAUUGACCAAAGGAAGUAUCUGAUUGGUAAUAUUACUAAUGAGGAGAUUAUUAAAGCGCUCAAGAGCAUUGGGAAUCUUAAGGCUCCUGGGAUUGAUGGAUACGGGGCGAAAUUUUUCAAGGAUGUCUGGAGCAUCAUUAAAAGUGAUUUUAAAGAUGCUAUUAGAGAGUUCUUUGAAAAAAGUAAGUUGUAUGAGCCCAUCAACACCAACUUGGUUAUUCUUAUUCCCAAAAUCCAGGAGGCUAAGUAUGCUCGUGACUAA